GAUUGGUCAUUUGUCACAAGGUGCGCGCAACAGCUAACGUCCUCACCUCUUGUAUAUCAAAUGUAGCUUAGAGUUCCAGUCAGAAUUGUCGUUAAAAAUGACGCUGUUUAUGAACGCUUGCGCUUUUUUAGUCAACGUCCUCACUCUACCGCUGCACAUUGCGGAGGUGAUUGGACUUUUGUCUUUCUACAAACGCGUCUUCCCUCUAAUCGUCUAUAAAAUCUCGAUCUCCUACAAUGACAAAAUGAACGACAACAAAAGGGAACUAUUUCGAAACCUGGACAAAUUCUACCCCACGAAAGGCUCUCUGCGCAUCCUGGAGCUGGGCUGCGGAUCCGGGGCGAACUUCGAGCACUACCCGACGGGCUGCAGGAUCACAUGCAUCGACCCCAACCCGCAUUUCCAAAAGUACCUGAAGAAAAUCUUGCAUGUUAUAUGCCUGAUAAAGCAGCUUUUGUACUAUUUCGGUGAUGGCUGUGAGGCAACCCGUGCUACUUGGAAGCACCUCGAGGCAGCUGGCUUCUCUGACCUGCAGCUACGUCACAUCCAAGCCCCACUGUUUUUUAUGAUCAAGCCACACAUUGUUGGUUAUGCAGUCAAAUAAUGAAAAUUAAUUUUGCCAAAAAAAACAACAACAACCUUCAUUCAAAAUUAAUUCAUUUCACCACCACGUGUUUGUGUGAAAUAGUAAUUUGUGUUAAACCAUAAAAUAGAAAGUUUUUGUUUAAUGUGCAAACACUAAAUCUCAAGACUGCAUUGGAAUACCAGCAGGUAAAACAACAAAAUACUUUUAUCUAUAUAAAACAGGCUUUUGGAGAUGAAUGCAGGCCAGCUUUGUGAGGUUGUUGUUAAUGCAUAAAUGAGCCAUACUGCCAUCUAGUGUUUAGGAGGAAUGUGUGUCAUCCUUAAUACUUUUGAAUUUAAACUUAUAUACUUUGUAAUAUAGUUAAAUACUCUGAAAGACCACUUUGCAUUCUCCAACUUUAAAUUUUGACAGACACUUGUUUUUUCCCCCGACACUUCUGACCAUUAAAGUUCCUGUUAUAAAACAUUGUACUCACAAAAAGUAAUUUCUUGCUGAUAAAUUAGAAAAUAGAACAAUGUAUUUUUUUUACAACAGAAAUUUAUUUGACUUAAGAUUUUUAUUUU